AUGGUCAGGGUCAUUGGUACCACAGGAUGUGGGAAGACGACGUUCAUAAAUCUCGUUAGCGGGGCAGACCUUUUGAUCGGCCACGAACUGUCAUCUUGCACUCGAGAAAUUCACGAAGUUUCAUUCUCUCUAUCCACUCAUGAUGUUAUCAUCAUCGAUACGCCUGGAUUCGACGACACGGAAAGGCCACAGGUUGCCGUUCUCAACCAGCUCGCGAAGUACUUGAAGAAGAUGCGUGAAGAGGGCAAGCCAGUAUGCGGAGCUGUUUACUUCCACCGGAUUUCCGACCGACGGAUAGGACGGACUGCCAUAGAAAACAUUCGCUCCUUCCAGGUCCUCUGCAAAGAUGAGAAGAUAGAUAACACCAUGAUCGCUACUACUAUGUGGUCGGAGGUUAGCGAUACUACGAUCGGUGUGCAAUCGGAGGAACAGCUUCAAGGAAUACUCGGCCCCGGUGCACGUUUGCUUCGUCACGACAACGGUGUAUCUUCCGCUGAAGCCAUUGUGCGGGAGUUGCUGUUCAAUGCGCCGCUAGUGCUCCAGAUUCAAAGAGAGUUGAUCGAACUCCGUCGGACAAUCCCGCAGACGGAGGCAGGGAGGGAACUCGGGGAUCUGCUCAGCAGACUAGAGGAAGUGUAUCGAAAGGAGUUGCAAAGGGCUAGAGAUGAAAUGACGAUAUAGACUGCGGAGCUCUUGGCGGACCUGAAGAAAUCAUUUGAGCAGGAAAUCUCGAAUUUGGAGGACAGAUUGAAGAAACUCCAGGCAGAAAAAGCAGAGCUCCAGUCCGCCGGUAAUGCAAGGAAUGCUACUGCGAGGGCCAUCAAUGGCCGCUCUCCGAGCGUAGAGCUUUCGGUGACACCCUCAUAGUAAAGAGAAGAUUUCAUCAGGAGGAAUCGUAGCCCCACUGGUGGGGUUUAUAGCCACCUGUACUAGUACAUACCUGCGCGAAGUUCGCCUGUGGGAGUGUGCCAUAGUCUGUGUAGUACAUUGACAACAUUUAACACCACUACAUACAGGCUAGAGAAUCAAAG